GGUCCUCUAGUUAUUCCAGCGGUGCGCACACACACGCGCACGCAAAACCUUACGUGAACCACUAGCCUAACCUAACGAUACGCGCGCACAUUCGCACGUACACGCAUUCCCAAACGUACAUACUAAUCAGUCAUACACGCACAUACCUUCUAACGUACAUAAGCUUGUCACAUACACACAUUUAAAUUCAAGUACACGCUUGUACACGUACACAAAACUUUUAAACGUACCUAGACUUUCAUUCACACACGCACGCACGCACACACACGCAAAAUGAGGACCCAAACUUUGCCUCUUCUCUCUCUCUGCGGGCGUGUGGUGAGUGGGCGUGCAGUCCCUGCCCUCCAGGUCCAUGCCCACGCUGCACGGGUGGCCGCCUACCCCUCCACGCCCCUGCACGCCCACGCCUCCACGCAAGCACGUUCCCAUGCCACACCCACGGCCCCUACACGCUCCAUCACCACCAAGACGAAGAGCAGGGGACCCGCCUCGCCCAUGACUGAGAGAGAGCUUGACGGGGGACGGGAGUUCAUGGUGGAGCCUGACGUACAAGAACUGCCCAUGCCCAACGCCCUGUCGCCCGCCUUCGUGCUACAGGACGCCGCCAAGUGGUCCCACAAAACUGCCAUGGAGUGCAGCAUGACGGGACGGGGCUACACGUACGGGGAACUGGUGGACGGAGCAAUGCGGUUCGGCGGGGCACUGCAGCGUCUGUGUGGAGGGGACUGCCGCGGCAAGACUGUGGCCAUCUUGGCUCCAAACUGCCCAGAGUACCCCAUGGCCUUCUUAGGCACCAUGAUUACUGGAGCCACCGUCACCCCAUUCAACUGUACCUAUACCCCGAGCGAGAUCGCGCACCAUCUAGCGGAUAGCGGGGCGGAGGCGCUGGUGGUGGACGCCUUGCUGGAGCCCUUUGCAGACGCCGCCCUCAAGCUACUGCAGAAGGAGAUCCCUGUCAUCGUGAACGGCCCCUCCAAGCACCAGCGGCCUAACCUGAGGGAGAUGGUGAAGGAUGCCAAUAUUCCCUUUGCCAAACAAGUGGAAGUUUCCAUGGAGUCCACGGCGACCCUGCCAUACUCCAGCGGCACCACGGGCAAACCCAAGGGCGUCUGCAUCUCCCACAGGGCCUUCGUCAACAGUCUGACCCUCUUCCACCACCCUACCUGCGGCCACUUCACGACAGCUGAGGGAGACAACCAGGAGGUGAUGGUGGGGCUGCUUCCCUUCUUCCACAUCUACGGCAUGAUGGUGAUAAUGGCCUCCGGCAUCAUGCACGGCGCUAAGACCAUCACCAUGCCGCAGUUUGACCCUAAAGUGUUCCUCGGCAUCCUCGCCAAGAACAAGGUCACAAAGCUUCACCUGGUUCCUCCUCUCCUCAACUUCCUGGCCACCUCUCCAGUUGUGCACCCCUCCCUCCUCUCUAACAUCAACACCAUUCUCUGUGGCGCCGCCCCCGUCCCCACCACCAGUGCUACUCUGCUGAAGGAGAAGGCUCAGAGGCCCAUAUUCUUCCAGGAAGGUUUCGGCAUGACUGAGACUCUGUGCACCCACAUCACGCCCCCGGACCAGGAGCGGCUGGGCUGGUGCGGCAAGUUGAUGCCCAACGUGAGGGGCAAGGUGGUGGAUCUGGACACUGGGCUGCCUCUCCCUCCUGGCGAGAAGGGAGAGCUUUGCGUUGACACUCCUGGCAUGAUGUCAUGCUACCACAACAACCCAGAGGCCACCAGGGACUCCUUUGACAGUGAUGGCUGGUUCAAGACUGGGGACGUGGCCAUCUAUGACAAGGAUGGCUUCUUCAGCAUCGUGGACCGCAUCAAGGAACUCAUCAAGGUCAAGGGACUCCAGGUGUCCCCAUCAGAGCUUGAGGAAAUCCUGCUCAGCUAUCCAGGAGUGGCGGAUGUUGGAGUGGUGGGGGUGGCAGAUGAGAAGGCCGGAGAGGUGCCCAGAGCUUACAUAGUGCCACAGGAGAAAAGCCUGAAGAAGGACGACCUGCAUUCAUUCAUUGCCACCCAGGUAGCGCCACACAAACAACUGGCAGGUGGUAUUGAGUUUGUAGACCAGCUGCCAAAGAAUCCAACAGGCAAGCUUCUCCGUAAUGAACUGAAGAAGAUGGCGCACGGGGAGUAGAUGGUUGCGAUCCUUCCUUCCUUCGUUGGUGAUGCUUCUCGGGGACUGGAGGCUCUCUGGUGUUCACUUUUCAGGGUGGAAGAUGGGCUGAUGGGUCCCUUGUUUUAGUUUUUCAGGACAGGUGGUCUCAUCUGGUCUCUCUCCUUGCUACUUGAAAUGCACAAAAGCAAGAUAUAUGUUUUCUGAUAGUCUCAUAUGGUCUCUCUCAUUGCUACUGAAAAUGCAAAAAAAAAAAAAAUAAAAUAAAAAAAAAAAAUAACAAUACAUAUUCUCUGAUGGUCUAGAGUGGUCUCUCCUCUUCUCCAUACUAUUUGAAAUGCACAGAAAUAAGUUACAAAUUCUCUGGUUGUGUUGCAAUAAUUUUUUCAGCAGGGAUGGAAGAUGCUACCUCCCUACACUCCCUUCAGCUCAAAGUCCAUUAAAGAGACUGUGUUCUCUAUGAAAGUUUGACAUCUUGAUUCUAUGGAGAACUUGAAAACUCUCCUAUCUUCAUAUUCAGGAGAGAUAGAUGGUCCCUCCCCUACUUGCAGCUGAAAGUGCAUUAAGGAGACUGUGUUCUGUGCUCAUGGUAGAACUUGACAAGGCAGGCAGGCAGAGUGAGAGUCCUCCUGUUAUAUUCUGUUGCCGUUCUUCAUUUCAUGUCUGACAAGGAACUGGUGGUGUUCUGCUAUGCUGUUAUGUGUCACACAAUGCUGCAGCUCUCCACGCUCAUAUUGUUUGUAUAUUUCAUUCCACUUUCAUUGUUUCCUGAGUUUUUUUUUUUUCACCUACAUAAACAUUUCAUAACACUCAUUAGUCUGUACAUUCAUAUUACUUGCAUAUUUCAUUCUAUUCAAGUUUCUAGUUCAAUUUUCUCCAGAUAUACACAUACUUUCAUACUUAAACAUAUCAUACCACUAAUCAUACCUCUAUACUCAUAAUACUACAGGUUUAUAAAAAUCAGUAUCAUAUUCUUUCAUAAAAUACAACCAAAGGUUUCUCCAUAUACACAUACAUAACAAAUGUAUACUGUAUUAUACAAUCAUCCUGUAUAUUUACACUUUUAUACACAAGUAACAUUACAUAACACCAAAUCUUCAUUGUCAAAGCUUUUCACUCAAAUAUACACACACAAAUAUGAUAAGAAACAUUUCAUAACAAAUCAACAACUUUUCAUUUACACACACACACUCACACUCAAAUUACACACUAUAAUUUUUCCUAACAACUUGCACUCACUCACACACAAACACCAACAAAAACAGUCCUUCAUAUCACCACUCAAAUUACAAAACACUAAUGUGUCUUAAUAACUUUCACUCACACUUACACACACACACACACAUUCCUGUAUAUCACCAUUCACUUUACAUAACUAAUCAGUGAAUGUCACAAGUCAGUGUUGUAAGAGGUUAUCAUGCCCCUCACACCUGGCCAUUCCCUUCCUAGUAUUGCUAUCACCCACUCCAUGAUUAGGCAGCAGGGGGUGAGGGAAUGUCCUUGUAUUGUUUUGGUCUCAUAACCACUUGAUUUUGGAUUCUUACCAUCACCUGCUCUUAUCUUUGCCUCUUUGAUUCACUGAUGACGGUGUGAGAUUAGAGAUUACCAUGUUGAGUAAGGCUCACACACACACACACACACACACACACAUUCUGUAAUUUUCUCUAACAAUUAAAACUGAUCAUUGACUUCAGGAAACACACACCUAUGCAUUGAUAUUUUUUUGGCCAGUACAUUAACACACACACACACACACACACACACACACAGAAACUUCCUUAAUCUUCAGUAAUAUGGGUGAAGGAGGAUUAUUAGUCUUUGUGUGUUACUGACUGACUGACUUGAGGUGUUUAUGACAGAUAGCCAAGUCUCAUGUGCCUGUUAUAUGAUUCCUGUGAUAUUUUCAGAAGUCUAGUGUUAGUUUUGUAAUGUAAUAAUGACAAUAUGGCAUUCUCCGGUGCCUGUGAUAUGGUGCUUUGUGAUGAAAUGUGAAAUAAAAAAUUAGAACUUAA